GCCAAAUGGUUGAACACAACCCCUCAGGAAAAAAAAGAGGAAAAUCCUUAAAAAAGGAAAAAAGAGAGGAUGGACCCAAAGCGCGAGUGUAUGUGUUGAGGCCUGGUCCGGUUCACACCUGGCAACUUGGGGCUCCAUUGCAUCUGACUCGGGGUCCUCGGCCCACCCUGCAGAAUUCGACUCAUCUCAGCUUCUCCUCUUCCUCGUCGGCGCAUGGCGGCGCCGCCGCCGAUAGACGAGCCUCUGCGGCUGCCGCCUCUCCCGGCGGACACCAUCUUGGAGAUCUUGUCCCGCGUGGGCGACGCUACCGCCGUCGUGCGCUGCGCAGCCACCUGCAAAGCAUGGCGCCGCCUCAUCCUGGAGCCGUCCUUCCUCUCCCGCGGUCGCGCCGGGCGCUCCGACCCCUCCCCUCUCCUCGGCUUCUUCUUCCUGGACACUUCCCAGAAGCUGCCCCGUCGCCGCCUCUACCUCCGCCGCCCCACGCGCUUCCUCCCCCUCGGCCCCUCUCAGUCGCAGGCAACCGCCCUCCCCCUGUCCCACUUCUUGCCGAAGCCGGACGCGGCCGGCCUCAGCGGGUUCGCCCCCGUCACGUCAGGCGCCGGCGGGCUCCUUGCCCUCCGCCGUUCCCCGGCCAGCUCGUGCGACCCCGUCAGGAUCUGCGUCUGCGACCCCGUGGCCGGGACCUCCACCUUCCUCCCCCCUCUCCCGCCCACAACAUCCCCCGAGAACAUCGUCUUCCUCGACGCCGAUGGCUCCUCGUUCCGCCUCCUUGCGGCGAUGGACCGCCCAAAUGGGAUCCGCCUGCGCGUCUUCUCCUCCCAGACCGGGCAGUGGGGCACGGCUGUGACGGCCCAACUUCCUGGUAACAUGGUGGUCCACCUCUGCUCCCCUGCCGUCGUGCACCGUGGUGCCGUCCACUGGAUAUGCGGCACCCGUGCCCUCCCGAAUGCGGUGCACGCACUGGCCGUUCGCCCCGGCCAGGCCGAUGUCUCGGUGUGCCGAUUCGACCUUCCGCUGCGCGCAGGCAUUCACCGCCUGAACCACGCCGCAGAAGCCGUUCGCCUGUUCAGUUCAGCUCAGGGGUGUCUCUCCUUGGUUCUUCUGGAUGAACCUUUGAUCUCCGUCUGGAACUUCAAAGACAAUGGCGCUGAUGGCAGGCCCUGGGAGCUUCACAAGACGGUACAUCUGAUGUCGGUGUUGCCGUCGACAAUCUUUGAUCCUUCUGCGGAGUGGGGGCUCUCUGUCGUAGCAUCGUGCGACCAGAGUGGCUCCUUGUUUUUGCGUGCUGUGGGUGAGGGCGGCCUGUUUGUGCUCAACCUGGAGACGGAGGCGAUGUCGAGGGUACGCAACGACCACUGCGCCAAGUUCCUGUGCCCAUAUGUGGCGAAUCUGAGUUCUUGCCUGGGAGCCAUGAAGAAUUUCUGAUGUUGGACUCAAAAUUCAGGUUUCUGAACACACUAGUUUAAUGCAUAUUAAGAGAUGAGUGUUCAGUUCUGUUUCGAUGAAUUCUACAGGUUUACUCUUAUCUGUACUGUUUAAAGUUUCAUCAGCUUAUUGUAUUUGGCUUUGCUUAUUAUAGUCUUCAUUUCUACUCCCUCUGUCCCAGAAUAUAAGAACGUUUUUUACACUAGCAUAGUAUAAAAAACGUUCUUAUAUUUUGGGACGGAGGGAGUAAUAAUCAGUGUCCUCUACUGCUAAACUUGAAUUUGGAUAUGAUUACAGUUUGUAUGUCCAGUGGGGUUCUAUGAUGCGAAACUGAAAGAAACAGGAUUAAAUUG